AGAACUUGAAGUGUAAAAGAAGUUUGUUGUUACAAUGAAGAAUUGGGUGUGGAUAUUGUUGGUUUCAGCAGCGUUUGCCAAACACGAAGAAUAUGCUGGCUGGAAGUCAUAUUUCGUAGCCCCAACCACCCAGGAACAGUUGGAGUUCCUUGGAUCAAUACGAGACGUUCUCGAUCUGGACUUUCUGAGCUAUGCUACUGUUGACCGGAAUGGCUUAGUUCUAGUCAAGCCAGAACACCAAGAAGAAUUCAUCAGCACGCUGAACAACCAAGGGAUCAACUAUAGAGUACACGCUGAAGAUGUCAAAAAACAACUUGACAACGAUGAUGAACAAAUUGAAGCUAGGAGAAGUUCACUUCGCAGCACACCUGAAGGGGAAAUGCCGUAUGAUAAUUACCAACCUCUAGAUGUGAUUUAUAACUAUAUUGAUAAAGUUGCUGAGCAAUAUCCAGACGUAGUAACACUAGUAACACCGGCUAAUUCUUUCGAAGGCUAUCCCAUAAAAUAUUUGAAGAUUUCAUCUUCUAACUUCGAAGAUCCGACAAAGUCUGUGAUUUUCAUCGAGUCUACUAUUCACGCCAGGGAGUGGAUAGCGCCACCCACAGCGACAUAUGCAAUCCACAAGUUGGUUGAAAAUCUGACGGACCCAGAGCUAUUAGAGAAGUUUGAUUGGAUUAUCUUACCCGUAGCCAACCCAGAUGGAUAUGUAUUCUCUUUUGAGACGUCCCGAUUUUGGCGUAAAACGCGUAGUACAGAAUUCAGCACAUCUUGCCCAGGAGUAGAUGGAAACCGUAACUUUGAUUUCUUCUGGAAUACGAUUGGAACCAGCUCUAAUUUAUGCGCAGACAACUAUGCCGGUGGAAGACCAUUUUCUGAAGUUGAAACAAGAGUAGUAAGGGAUAUUAUUCACGAACACCUUGAUAGAAUGGUUAUGUACCUUAGUAUGCACAGCUAUGGAAGUAUGAUUCUCUAUUCCUGGGGACACGAUGGAUCUUUGUCCAACCAAGCGUUUUCCUUACACAGUGUUGGGAUUAGCAUGGCUGAUGCUAUUUAUGAGAAUUCCUUGCCCCACUUCCCUAGAUAUUCGGUGGGUAAUUCAAGACUAGUCGUCGGCUAUGCAGCAUCGGGAAUAUCAGCUGACUAUGCCCAUGCUGUUGGAGUUCCUCUAUCGUAUACAUACGAGCUACCAGGGUUUGGAGGAGGAUUUGUUGGAUUUCAUCUUAAUCCACGAUAUAUAAAGCAAGUGGCAGAAGAAACUUGGGAAGGUAUUGCUGUUGGCGCGAAAAGAGCUGGUGCACUGUUUGGCAAUCAAUAAAUAAAUAUCUUUUUAA